AUGCCAUCCGACCAGAUAUCUCCUGUUUUUCGAUAUGCGCAAUUUGAUAUCAGAGCUCUUUGUCGGAUCUCCAGCAGUCUUCGACAGGACACCCCGUGUACCUGUGACAUCGACCAGUACCCUGCGAGCGGAAGUUUCAACUGGGCUAUCUUCAUCACUUUUGAGGAUGGAGUAGAGUGGAUUCUCCGAUCUCCACAUAUGGGGCAUGGGGAGAUGGCGAUAGAAAUCGGUUCCAAACUGUUGGCAAGCGAAGCAGCCACUCUGAAGUACUUGAACCUGAACAGUGAUAUCCCGGUCCCGGUGGUGCACUCUUAUAGUACUACGGGCCAUAAUGACAUUGGCAUUCCAUUCAUCCUGAUGAGCAAAGCCCCCGGUUGGCCGCUCGAAAGAGCAUGGAAGUCUCUUGGGUCUGAGAAGCCACACAUGGCUGACGAUCUCAAAGUCAAGGUUCUUUACCAGCUUGGACAGAUUACAUACAAACUUUCUCGAUUACGAUUUGACUGUAUAGGCUCUCUCUUGGAGGAGAACGGGAUCUUCGAAGUGGGGGAAUGUCUAUCCCGCGGCCACGUGCUGAAUGACCGGUACUCUCUAGAGGAUGUGCCUCGAGGGCCAUUUCAUUCAAAUGCCGAGUUCUUUGACAGCCUUGUAACCUCCUUGAUUCAACAUGCGGAAGUUCUACCGUUGUCUCACCACUGCUUUGUCGCCCCGGUCCCCAGUCCUAAAGAUUUUCAGUCGAAUGAUCAGUAUAGGAGAGCCUGUGACUUAUGGAACGAUUUUGUUGCCAUUGGAAAGAAAAUCGAUUCUUCCGAUAACAGACUAGACUAUACCGUCGCUGCGAAUAUCCUCCAAGAGCUGAUUACCCAAUGGGAUUCGAAACUACCAAAACCUGAUGUACAGUCCUUUCCGCUUUCUCAUUCUGAUUUGAGUGUCAAUAAUAUCUAUGUCGACGACGACUACAAUAUCACACGCAUCAUUGACUGGGCCUUCUCUUCGACUGUCCCGGAAGCUAUGAUGCUAGCCCCUCCCGGGUUGCCGCAGUCACGUAAUGAACUAGACGAAGAUCUUGUUGUCUCCUUCAAAAACGGAUUUAAAAGCUCGGCCGAAACAGCUCUUGAUCUUCUGCAGCAGAGCAAAGUCUCGUGGCCCUUGAGUCGGCUUCUGAAUUUCGACUCUAUUGAUGAUUACAGUUUAUUUGCCGCUGUCUGGGAUAACGCCUACGGCUGCGAGAGGGACAUGAAGGCCUUUUUCGCCGAACAAAGAUCCCUGCCCAGCUACACCAAGCUCUACAGCGAAGUUCAAUUGGACGAUGAGCCUUAUCAGAGAACGCAAAAGUCGGAGCAGGCCUAUUUUCGGAAUAACAUACUGAGAAGCUCUGUUGCUAGGAAAUUAACUUUAGUAUCACAAUGGAAAUCUCAAUACAUGUCGUCCACUCAAAACAGUCUUCGAAAAGGAGGAGAGUUGUUUGUCACCAACUCAAGGCUAUGGAAGUGGAUCCUGGAAUUCCAACAAGAAUGGGAGGACAUGGUUACCCCAACAGUCAACUGA